AUGGAUCCUCAUAUUGAAGAUUUGCCUCAAUACAUUAACAUAAAUCAAAAUGAUUUUUUUAUGCGAAGGCAUAAGAAGCAGAAGGAGGAGGAUAUUGCUGUAUGUGAAUGUAGGUAUAAUGAAGAUGACCCUUACAGUGCCUGUGCAGAUGGGUGUCUAAAUGUAUUAACCAGCACUGAAUGCACCCCUGGUCAUUGCCCUUGUGGCAUCCUCUGUAAAAAUCAGAAAUUUCAAAAGUGUGAGUAUGCAAAAACAAAGUUAUUUAAAACUGAAGGCCGAGGGUGGGGUCUUUUGGCUGAUGAGGACAUUAAGGCAGGGCAGUUUGUCAUUGAAUACUGUGGAGAAGUAAUAUCAUGGAAAGAAGCCAAACGCAGAUCCCAUACAUAUGAAAGUCAAGGUCUUAAGGAUGCGUAUAUCAUUUCUCUUAAUGCAUCUGAAUCCAUUGAUGCAACUAGAAAGGGAAGCAUUGCCAGAUUUAUUAAUCAUUCCUGUCAACCAAAUUGUGAGACAAGAAAAUGGAAUGUCAUGGGGGAAAUAAGAGUUGGAAUAUUUGCAAGGCAUGAUAUUCCUAUUGGAACUGAAUUGGCAUAUGACUAUAAUUUUGAAUGGUUUGGAGGUGCUAAGGUUCGCUGCCUCUGUGGUGCACUCAAAUGUUCUGGAUUCCUUGGAGCAAAAUCUCGUGGUUUUCAAGAGGAUACUUAUCUAUGGGAAGAUGAUGAUGACAGAUACUCAAUUGAGAAAAUUCCUUUAUAUGACUCCGCGGAGGAUGAACCGAUGUCAAAUACUGAUGGACUAAGUGAACAAUCCAUGGAUAUUAUAGUCAAAGUUGAGGAACUUUCAGAUUCCACUGCUUUUAAUGUUCAACCAGUCGAUUCAAUUGAGAUCAAGGAUUUAGAUGUUCAAAAUAUUAAAACUGAAAUAGUAAGCGAGGACAUGAAGUUGUACUCCCAAGAUACCGAACACGACCUUCCACAAAAGAACACAAUGAUAUCACGCAUUCGAAGUAACACUGCUGGAAGAAACUAUCGCAUUGGACCUAGGUCCAUCUCUACUAAAAGAUCAAAGGCACAGAGUGGGGGAAAGUUUAAAAAUCGCAUCCAGAAGAAAGUUGAUGCAAAAUAUGCAGCUGGCCUUUUAGCAUCAAAGGAGGCACAAGAAGAGAUCUUAGAUUAUGAGAAAAGAAAAGACGACGCCACAGAUGCUCUUGAUUCUUUAUACAACGAAAUACGACCUGCCAUUGAAGAACACGAGAGGGAUACCCAAGACAGUGUAUCUACAACGGUAGCUGAGAAGUGGAUUCAAGCAUGCUGUCUAAAACUGAAGGCGGAGUUUGAUCUUUACUCAUCAAUUGUUAAAAAUGUUGCUUGUACUGCUCAAAAGGCACCCGGCCAAGCAAAAGCUACCGAAGUAGAUAAUGAAAACAAAAUUAACCUUUUGACUGAUUGA